AUGGACCGCACAGUCGCCUUUGUAAAGUUGAUCAUUUUCCUCUUCCUGUCGCUCAACGUCUGGAUCGCCAUUGGUUUGGUGGUGUGGCUGGUCAGGCUGCUCAACAGGGCCAAGAAGGGGCUGCAAUACGUCAGUAUGUCCGUGCUAUGCGUGAUGCUCCUCUUCAUGGUCAACACCGCGCAGCGCCUCUACCUAUUCGGCUACAUCGCCUCCAUGACCGCGUUCCUCAUCGGUCUCGCCACGCCGCGAGAAGGCCCUACGGCGCGCAGCCUCAUCGAUCACCUCACGUACCCCGUACACCAGAUUAUCAUGCCCCUCUGCUUUGGGGUCACCGGUGCCAAGCUCGACUUCACCAAGAUCGGCCGCUUCACCGCCAACCAGCUCAUUAUCGUCGUCGCCUUCACCACACUGCUCGGAACCACCGGGAGGGUGGCCGGCACGGUGGCAGCGGGGCGGAUGAUCGGCAUCCCUGCGCGGGAGACGCUCGUGCUCCGCUUACUGCUCAACGUCAAAGGCUACGUGGACAUCCUCGCGAUCAACCUUGGCGACAAGGCCGGGAUUUGGGGCGACGAGGCGCAGAGUGUGGUUCUCUUGUCCUCCAUCAUCAACACCUUAAUGGCCGGGCCGGCGUCCGCCGCCAUCGUCCGCCAGCAGCGCCGCGCCUUCCAGUACCGCUCGCACUGCCUCCAGGAUCUCAAGUUGGACCAGGAGCUUCGGAUCCUCUUGUGCGUCCACGGCGCCGGGAGCGUCCAUGCCAUGCUCACGCUGGCCGAGAUCUCCAAGGGCAACACGCCGGUGGCCAUAUACCUCCUUCACCUCAUCGAGCUCAUGACCGCGCGCAAGUACGCCAUCACACAUUUCUACCACCCCAAGGGCGGCGCUGAUGACGACAAUGGCCGGUGGAGCCACACCCGGGAGAUCCACGAGGUGGUCGCGGCGGUCGACCACUUAACGAAUGAUACCAUUGUCGCCGUGCGUCAGAUGACGGCCAUCUCCAGCCUCGUCUCCAUGGACGCCGACGUAUGCAAUGGCGUCGAGGACACGCGCGCGUCCCUGGUCAUCGUGCCGUUCCACAAGGAGCAGCGCUACGUCAGGCGGAUGGUGUGCCGCCGCAAGGGCCGGCGGGAGCUCAACCAGAGAAUCCUGCAGAGAGCGCCAUGCACCGAGGGGGUCCUCGUCGAGCGCCAUCUCGGUACCAUUACCGUAGCGGAGAGGCAGUCGACGGCCGAGGGCAAUCAGAGCGAGGCGGUAGACCCCGAAGCCGAAGGCUCAGCCCCAGCACACAACGUGGUGGCUCUGUUCCUCGGCGGACCAGACGACCGGGAAGCUGUGGCGUACGCGGCGCGGCUGGCGGCCCACCCGUCGGUGAGCGUGACGGUGUCGAGGUUCCUUCCAGAAGGAGCGAGCAUGGACGCCACCACCGAGGUGCGAUCGAUGGAGGAAGGCAUGGCGGACGAGGAGUUCAUGGCGGACUUUUACGCCAGGUUCGUGAAGCCUGGGCAUGUGUCUUGCACGGAGAGAUACGUGAGAAACGGGGUGGGGAUGGUGGAAUCGCUGUGGUCCAUGGUUGGGAUGUACUCGUUGUUCAUCGUGGGCAAGGGCGGUGGCGGCGGCGCGGCGGCGGCGCAGAUGACGAAAGGCAUGGGAGGCUUAAACGAGGAAUGCCCGGAGCUGGGGCCUAUCGGAGACUUCCUGUCGUCGGACGGCUUGCUCGGCUAUGGCGCCUCCGUGCUAGUGCUCCGGCGCCACAACGUGCAAAAGAGGACGAGAGGAACCCAAUGA